AAAAAAAAAUCAAAAAAAAAUACAUCCUUUCUUUUUCUUUAUAUAUAUAUAUAUAUAUACACAUACAACUCCUUUACGUGUCUGCCUGCGUGUGGUUUUUAAAUAAUAAUCUUUCUUUAUAUAUUGAAUUUUAACAACAGCAAUAGCAACACAGUCUUUUUAUUUUACUCUCACUCCUUUCGUUAAAUAUGAAGAAGAGCUCAUUUACUUACUUCCCCAUUGUGAUAGCGGGUUUCUGUUUAACUAUCUUUGUCUUGUCAACUGAAGCAGCUGUUAACAUCAAACAUCACAAGUUGGGUAAAACUACCCCCACAACCGUUCCUGGUCGUUACAUCGUUUCCUUUGCUAAAAAUCAUGAUGGAAAGAAUUUUGCUAAAUCCAUCAAGAAUAAGUUUAAAGAUGUAGAUUUGAAUGUCAGGGAGAGCAUUAAUCAUCAUUUGUUUAAUGCUAUUUCGAUUUCUUUGAAGACUGAGAAUGAUGAUAUCCAUGCAAAUGUACUCAAGUCUAUUUUGAAUGAUAAUGAUGUUGCUACUGUCUAUCCUGUAAAAACUUAUUCUCGUCCCAAGGUUAAACUUCAUUCUAUUGAUAAAACUUAUAAACCCUCUAUUUUGCCUCACCAUAUGACGCAGGUCGAUAUGGUUCAUUCAAAACUCAAGGAAGAAGGCAAAGGUAUUCUUGUAGGUGUUAUUGACACAGGUGUCGACUAUUUACAUCCUGCUUUGGGCGGUGGAUUUGGUCAUGGAUAUAAAGUAGUUAAGGGUUACGAUUUGGUCGGUAAUAACUAUACUGGUACGAAUAUACCUGUUCCUAGUAGUGAUCCUCUUGAUAAUUGUGGUGCUGCAUCUGGUGCUUCAGGCCAUGGUACUCACGUCUCUGGUAUCAUUGCUGGUUUUGAUCGUUCUAAUAAUUUUACUGGUGUUGCUCCCAAGGCUAGUUUGGGUAUGUGGCGUGUAUUUGGUUGUAAAGGCUCUGUCACAAAUGAUAUUGUUAUUAAAGCUCUUUUAAUGGCUUAUGAUGCUGGCUGUGAUGUUAUUAACUUGAGUUUGGGUGAAACCAAUGCUUGGUCCAAGACAGCUGAUCCAGAAGCUGAUGUUAUUAAUAGUAUUGCUGCUAAAGGUGUUAGUGUCGUUGUCUCUGCUGGUAACUCUGGAGCUGAAGGUAUUUACACUGUUGGUCAACCUGGUACUGCUGUCUCUGCUUUCUCUGUUGCCUCUGUUGAUAAUGAUUACUUUAUUUCCAAGUAUUUUACAGCUACUGGCAUAAAACACCGAAUUCUUUAUACAAAUAGUAAUGACGAUACUAUCCAAGAUGGACGCGUUGUUAACGGAGAUAAGAAACCUGGUAAUAAGGCUGAGGGGUGUACUCCUAAAUCAAUUAACCCUAAGGUAAAGGGUAAGAUUGCUCUUAUCCAAAGAGGCACAUGUCUUUUCAGUAGAAAGGUAGAGAAUCUUGCUGCUGCUGGCGCCACUAGUGUUAUUAUUUAUAAUAAUGUUGAUGGUGAACUGAGUGCUUAUGUCCAUAAUGCCCCUGUCCCGGUAGUGACUAUCUCUAAAGUGGACGGUACAGAGCUUAGAAAGGCUAUCCAAGCAGGUUCUUCUAUCUCUCUCACUUUCAAUCAUGAGGGCUCUAUUGCACCUGUUAGCACAGGUGGUACCAUUUCUAGUUUCUCUAGUGUCGGUCCCUCUGCUGAACUUAACUUCAAGCCUAAUAUUGCUGGUGUAGGUGGUAUUAUCUUUUCCACUUUACCUCGUUACCUUGGUAGUUGGGGCGUGAUGAGUGGUACCUCCAUGGCUGCACCUUAUAUCGCUGGUUCUACUGCUCUUUACCUUGGUGCUAAUAAUAAGAAAAAGGCUUCAGUCUCCUUCAUGAACGAGCAAUUCCAGAACUAUGCUCUCUCAACCAAGGUCUAUAAGAAAAAAACCCUUGAUUCUCCUCUUCGUCAAGGUGCUGGUCUCGUUCAAGUCUAUGAUGCUAUCACUCAAGGGACCCACGCUUCACCUGCUCAAAUCAGCUUCAACGAUACUGCCACAACAAAGUAUAGAACUCAAGUAAUUACCAUCACCAAUCAUGGUAAAAAUACUGCCCACUACAAAGUCAUUCAUGAUCCCUCCACUGCCAUCUCCCCCUAUAAUGUCAAAGAAUAUGGUUACACCCCUCUUGAACCCGCAGUUAACACCGUUGCUGUUGCCAAGUUAAAGUUCUCUAAAACGAAAAUCAAGGUGAAGCCUGGCCGUUCCUUCAAAUUGAAGGUGACCGUGACACCCCCUAAAACGAAUCCCAAGGACCAUAUCUUCUAUGGUGGUUUCAUUCAUUUAGAAUCUGGUCGUAAAUCCAAGAGUAAGGACCUCCAUAUCCCUUACUUUGGUGUAGUUGGUGUUCAAAAGACCUUGCCCAUCUUUGAUGAAGGUUAUCCCGAUCUUCUUGAUCAAUCUUCCGUUGUCUACCCUAAGAGUAAAACUUACGUCUUUGACCGAAGUGAUUCCUCUACCGCCCCCAUUAUUGCCUUAAGACUCUUGACACCCACUGCCCAAAUCAAGGCUGAAAUAUUUGAAGCCAAGACCAACAAGAAAUUAGGCUACUUCAUGACAGGUCUUGAUUACAUAGGCCGUAACUUCUUGACAGGCGAUUCAAUCAUCACUCCAUUCAUUUGGGAUGGUACCUAUGUUCCCUCAUCUAUCUCUAAUGCUCCUUUGCCUAUCCCCGUUGCUGAUGGUACUUAUUACUUGAAGCUCUCUGCAUUAAAGAAUUUGGGCGAUCCCAGUAAUACAAAGGAUUGGGAGACUUGGACUUCUGGACCUGUUGUCGUCAAGAAUUAAAAAA